AUGCUGGACUCCAUUCUCAACAAAUCUCAAGAAUUGAACAUUAUACCUGUAGCUGGUUCUCAGAAUAUAGACACAACUUCUUCUCUUUUAGAACUAUGUCAGAUUCAGAAUGAGCGAAUCCAAUUGGCUAGAGAUCUCGACCAGAAAAUCAUCUUUUACCAAAAAGCAAAGACCUCGGCAUUAAAUUCUGCCUAUUUCAGGGCAACUCGAUUGCAAAAAGUGAUCAUCUUACUGGAAGACUACUCUCGUAUGCGAGACCAUGGAUAUAUGAUGGCUAGUAUGCAUGAUCUGUGGCCUGCUCUCUCGCACGCAAUUCAAUUGGUUGCCCAAGACAUGGAAAUUCAUAAAGCACUCGACUUAGUAAGAAACAAGCCCACUGAAGAGAGAGAAUUAACAGAAGUAAUGGAUAAUCUUACAAAGGCGUAUGAAAACUACACAGAGAAACUUGAAAAACUUGUGAAUGUUACUUCUUAUUGA